CCAUCCCCCUCCCUGCACACUCCCUCCCUCUCUCUCUCUCCUGCUCUGCUAGCUCACACACACACAGGCUGAGGAAAACGGAGGGAGAAACCCAUAGACACAGAGAGAGGACGGUCUGUGUGGUGCCUUACAAAAGCCAAUCUGUCAAGAGCCGAGUCUUUUUUUUAAAUCUCAAUUCAAUUUUGUGGACUCUGAGGAGAGAAAGCCACAUCCCUUCCCCCUCGCCUGCCUCAGCCACGGGAAGCACCCACACGGUCGGAGCACAGGGCUAGGCCGCAAGUCGUUAGUGCUCGGUGGGCAAGCACUGACAAAAGACUGGAGGGAGAGGCUAACACGGAUGCUUAGAAAGCAGUUUCUCUGACUUCUGAAGGGUGGAAAGGACGCUUUUAGGAUUUCUAACCUAAUCUGUGCAGUCUAUUUUUGGAGGGACUGAAACAGAGACUGGUCUAGCCACUACCACAGAGGAUAUUGCUACAGCCUGUCUCUUGCCUCCCUCUGGAACAACAAACAAGGAAGAGAGGUUACUUCCUUGAGUUGAAGACCAUUUUAAAGAGAGCCAGAAAGACUGGUUGAUUUUGUAAAACAGAGGGGGUAGACCGUAGCCACGGCUAAGACUUGAUAGUAGUUCUUUGUGUGCCUUGAGGAUAUAGCCAUACAGUGUGCUGUGAAACAUCAAGUUGUUUUGUUAGUGGUGACCUGGAAGGGCUCGUUUUGUCAACCAGAAUGUUGGUGGUGCUCAGAGGAUUGCUGGAAAAUCUGUCUCUUGCCUCACUCUGUCUGUGCCCUCCCUCUCCAUGGCUGUAAGGGUGAUCUAGCUAAAAGAAGACGUUGACAUAUUAUAUGAAUAUACUUGCAACGGUUCUGUGUCUUGGCUGAAGUGUAAACCAUUCAACUGAACAGCAAGCUCCUCUAAAAGACAGCCGUCGAAGGAUUUGGUGCCAAAUAAAUACAUAACAAAAAAACACAAAAAGAGUGAAUAAUUCAAUAAGGAGAAAGAAGAAAACUGGGCAUGGGGCAAAACAAAAGUUUCUAGAGUGAAAAGUGAAAUAAUUUCCAGGUCAUAGUGGAAGGGGAGGAGACAAAACAGCUCUAGUGGGUUUUUUGGAACAAACAUUCUACGCCAUACAAUUUUUACACCCCUUUAUACUCUACAUUAAAAGAGGGUGUGGGUAAUUUUCUACCUUUGACUAUUUAGUUUCUGACCCACUUUGAGGACCAAAAAGCCAAAAGAGAAUAUUUUAUGAAAAGGCAGAGAAUCUCCAAAUCUUGAACUCUGAACAGAGAGUUCACAAAGGAAAUCAAAACGUUUAGACAGCAGCAAACAAAAUUGUUGGCUGUCUCUCAUUCCUUCUGUGGUCUGCUAACCAAGCAAUGGCCAUGGUGAGCGGGGGCUGGGGAGACCCCAACGGGGGCACCAACGGGCUGGGGGAGAAGGGCUAUCUGAGGGGAGAGGAGGAGGACGGUUCGCCCCAGGCAGGGGGCAGCGACAUGGAGGUCGGGGACGAGGACAAGGCGUGUGUGGUGGACUGUGUGGUGUGUGGGGACAAGUCCAGCGGGAAGCACUACGGUGUGUUCACCUGCGAGGGCUGCAAGAGCUUCUUCAAGAGGAGCAUCCGCCGCAACCUCAACUAUACCUGCAGGUCGAAUCGAGAGUGCCAGAUCGACCAACAUCACCGCAACCAGUGCCAGUACUGCCGCCUUGAGAAGUGCUUUCGUGUUGGCAUGCGCAAAGAAGCAGUUCAGCGCGGACGUAUCCCCCCUCACACUCCAGCCUCAGCGACGGGCACCCCAGUAGGUGGUGGUAGCGGCGUCGGAGUGGCAGAGUUUUACAACAACAACGGCGGGCAGCCCGUGUCGGAGCUCAUCUCCCAGCUGCUGCGUGCCGAGCCCUACCCCAGCAGCCGCUACGGCCACCAGUACAACCAACAGGGCCAGGCCACCGGCGCGGGCGGGGCCGUCAUGGGCAUCGACAACAUCUGCGAGCUGGCAGCCAGACUGCUCUUCAGCACCAUCGAGUGGGCCAGGAACAUCCCCUACUUCCCAGAGCUACCCGUGUCAGAGCAGGUGGCUCUGCUCAGGUUGAGUUGGAGCGAGUUGUUCAUUCUGAACGCUGCCCAGUCCGCCCUGCCCCUCCACAUGGCCCCGCUGCUGGCCGCGGCGGGCUUCCACUCCUCGCCCAUGUCAGCUGAGCGAGUGGUGUCCUUCAUGGACCAGGUGAGGGUGUUCCAGAACCAGGUGGACAAGUUGACCCGGCUCCAGGUGGACUCGGCCGAGUACAGCUGCCUCAAGGCCAUCGUCCUCUUCUCACCAGAUGCGUGUGGGCUGACAGACCCGGUCCACGUGGAGUCUCUGCAGGAAAAGGCCCAGGUGGCUCUGACAGAAUACGAGCGGAUGCAGUACCCAGGUCAGCCGCAGCGCUUCGGCCGCCUGCUCCUCCGCCUGCCCGCCCUCCGCGCCGUGCCCGCCAACCUCAUCUCCCAGCUCUUCUUCAUGCGUCUGGUGGGCAAGACACCCAUUGAGACGCUCAUCCGUGACAUGCAGCUCUCCGGAAGCUCCAUCAGCUGGCCCUACGUCCCUGGUCAGUAACCCCCAAAAUUAGGUCUCCUUCUGGGCAGUGACGACAAGGACCGCAGGUUCCUCUGAAUCAUCAUGAUCCAUCUGUGUGAUCCUAUGCUAGCGCCAGCUGGACAUCAUACAUACUGUACUGUCUCCAUGAACUGAGCUCUCCAUACCAGCCUAGUGCCAGCUGGGUCUAUUGCCAGCACACUGGUGCCAGCACACCUGCUGUGCCCCGUUAUGGCGACCUGAGUCAGCCAUGCCAUCCGCAUGCCAUAGUGACACCUUACAUACAGACAUUACUGUCCUGCCAAUAGAGGUCACUGGAACCUUGUCUCAUUUUCCACAUCUCAUUGCCUUCAGUGCAAUGACUGUCAACGUCUACAUCAGAUAUUGGAAUUCUGGUAGAAAACCAGUAUUAUGGAGCUAUUAGUCUGAUCCUUAAGGCUGGUUUAUACUUGGUCUAACAACAUGUCUAUAGACAAAUAGAACGCAACAAGUGUCUCUGGUCAAAACAACAUUUAAUUUAUACUGGGGUUUAUAGACCUGUUGCUGCGGCUGUUGGUUUCCUUGUCGGAGACGCAGUUCAACGUUGACCCUGUCGCAGAAUCUGUUGUCAUGGUUACCUGACUGAGACAGCAACAAGACAGUGCACAAGUUCUCAAAUUCUUUGGUUGAAUUCCCUGCUUUUGUUUCAUCCUACUCACAACCAUAAGCUAUUUUCUGUAAUUAGCUAGCUAGCUUUCAAUUACCUUGUAAAUAAUCAUCUUGUUGAGUUUAUUUUCCUGUAAUAAUUAAUACAAAUUUGCUAAAGUUAAGACGUUGUCGACAAUGACAAAUUUGAUGUCGGACGACAAUAAAAUGCCCAAGAUUUCACUGGGACAACUUUCUACAGACAUGACGAUAGACCGACUACAAACAAGCCUCUCACUGAAGGGCCUUCACCUAACUGAGAGGGUCCUCCACCAUAUGUCUCACUUCUAUCCCUUCAGAUAUGUGAACACAAACUUGAUAGGAGGAAACGGGGAGGUGCUAAGGGUUGAAAUGAAACUGGAACAAGAAAUUACACCAAAAUCUUUAUUGUCCA